AUGAGCGAGAAUGAAGGCAACGUCGUUGAUUUCACGACGGAUACCGCCGAUACCCCGGGAGGCGCCGACGAACCCGAGCGCGAGAGCCCCGCCGACGAUUCCUCCGAGAAAGGGGGCGGUGACAAGGACGUAACGGCGGGGCAAACCCGACGGCCCGGCCGCGGCUCCAUCUUCACCAGCAAGGACGUCCGCAGGCAGACCGUCGUCAUCGCCAAAAAGGCGUUCUCGUCCGUCGCGUCCGUCGGCCUGGGCUUGGGCUACCUCGCCUACCUCCGCGUCAGGCAUCGCGAGCAGAACGACCCAAACUCGUGCACGCCCUUCGUCGUGCACGGCGGCAAGGCCCUGACCCGCGAGUUGCUGUCUCGAUGCCCGAGCCUCCAGCGGGAGUACGAGCUGCCGAAGUGGUGCACCAACACCCACGCGCAGACGCUGAUCGGGUACGGGCGGAUGUUCACCAUCUUCCUGGAGUACGACCGGCAGCUGGUGCGGUGCGCCGACGGCGGGCAGGUCGGGCUGGACUGGCUGGUGAAGGCGCGGUUCACGCCGCCCGCGCGUCCGCCGUUCACCCCCGAGGAGGCCGCGAACCGCGCGGUCGUCCCCCACAACAUCCCCGCGGCGUGCGACCUCCCCGACGACGCCCCCGUGUUCAUCAUGCUGCACGGGAUCAACGGGGGAUCCCACGAGGGCCCCUCGAAAUGGGCGGUGGCCACGGGCGCUGUUCGCGGGUGGCGGUGCGUAGCGCUCAACAUGCGCGGCUGCAACGGGGUGCCGCUGUCCAACGCGAAGGUGUACUGCGCCGCGAACGCCGAGGACGUGCGCACGGCCGUCAACGCGUGCAAGUCCAGGUACCCGUCCGCGCCCAUCCUCCUGGCGGGGUAUUCCCUCGGAACCUACGUCAUAGGGACCUACCUGGCGGAGGAGAACAGCAAGGGGUUCGACCCGGUCGCGGGCGCGGUUUUGAUCUCGUGCCCGAUGGACCCGGUCUCCUCGUUAUCCGCCAUGAACAGGUCAACCGGCCUGAUAUACCAGGGCGCCCUGAGCUCCGAGUUGUCGCGGUACUAUCAGAAGCACAAGGACCAGGUGGACACCAUAGGCGAGGACAAGAACGUCGAGUUCAAGGACAAGGCUAUCCGAUCAAUCGCCGACUUUGACAAGCUCAUAGUCGCGACGCACGGUUUCUCGGAAGCGGGCGAGUACUACGACUACUACGCGCCGCAGCGCAUAAUACCCAGCAUCCGGACCCCGACGCUUUAUCUGCUCGCCAUGGACGAUCCGUUCCUGGGCGAGCACGAGCAGUGCGAGGCGGCGAUCCGCGGGAGCUCGCACGUGGCGCUCGCUCACGUUCGGAAGGGCGGGCACGUCGCUUUUUUGGAGAAGGGCGUCGGUGUAUUCGGGCCGUGCUGGACGGACAGGGUGCUGGGGGAGUUUCUGGCGUCGACGCUGGCGCCGAGGAGCGCGGCGGCGAGGGCGGUGGACAAGGCUUUGCCCCCCGUGAACCCUCAGAACAAGGACCGGAUCAGCCGGAGUGUUUUCGGAGCUCAGUGGAAGCAGAAACCAAACGGCGGGGGCAAGUCAGCGUUGCUGAAGCAGGGCGGCGUCGGGUCCCUCGGCGCCCUCGGCGAGGACGGCCGCGCCCGGCUGUGA